AUGUCGAGUUUGUCAAACACUUUUGUCGCUUUGAGUGAAAGAGUAUUUAAAGAAGGAUUAGAGGAUGAUGUUGUCGAUCGUACAAUUUUAAUAUGGUAUAUGCGUGAUUUAUAUAAUGCAAAAGACAGGAAGACAUUUAGAAUUAAUGUCGAAUACGAUCAUGUCUACAAGCUUGUAUGGAGUCCCGACUCAAAGGCCAUUUUAGGAUUUAAAGCAACGGAUAACAGCAUUGAAGUUUAUCGACUUGAGCGUAAGGACGGCAGUUUUACAAGUUAUGGUAGGAGUAUCACAUUUCCUCGAGCACAUGAGAACGACGACGUAAUUAGCUUAGAUAUCGCCUGUAAUGGAAGAUUUAUAAUGUCAGCAAGCAAUAAAACUGAACUAAUUAUAUGGGAUAUACGAGGAAAUGUUUUGGAACAGUUGAAUACUUUCACAAUGUCUAAUUAUUGUGCCAAAAUAUCGCCAUGUGGAAGAUUCGUUGAAGUGUCAGGCUACGCACCUGAUGUCAAGUUUUGGGAGGUGAAAUUCGGAAAGACUGGAAACUACGAAAAGACUGUCAAAGCAUUUGAUUUAAUUGGACAUAAUGCUGGCGUUUGGGAUUUUGCAUUUGAUCAGGAUGCUUCUCAUUGUGUUACGGUGUGUAAGGAUGGAUAUUGGAGAUUGUUUGAUAUUAAUAUCGAUUAUGCCCGAGGAGAAUCCCCACGAUGUCUUUUAACGGGAGAAUAUGAAAGUAAAGCUGUUUCACCUCUCAUUGCCUUAUCAAAUUCAGCACAUGUCAUCGUCAUCGGCUGUGGAAAUAACAUUCAAUUCUUCUCUGGAUUGAAUGGAAAUCUUGAUAAUACAAUUGAGAAUGUUUUUUAUGAUCAUAUAAUGUCGAUUGCAUUUGACUCAUUAGGCCUUCAAUUGUAUGUUGCUGGAGAUCGUCAAGUUAGAGUCUUUCACAAUAUUACGGGCUAUAAAGUUGGAAUUGAGGUUGCAAAGGAAAAAUUGAAGGACAAGAAAACUACUGCAGCGACUAGGGAACGAUUGGAGAGUCAAGUUGUGGAGUAUGAGAACUUUAUUGCUGAGAAUGCUGAAUAAUUUCCACUAAAUUUUAUUUUACUUAAUCAUUUUUUUUCGAGCUAGAGUCAGAGUUGUGAAUUUAAUCGUGUAUUUAAUCGAUGCAUUUUUUAAGUGACUUUAAGUUUAAGUUUUUUUUUGCUUAAUUGAGCUUCCGAUGUUAAUUUCGUUUCAAUAAUCUUGAGUUUAAAUUUAUGGAACUGGAUAGGGAUCCUUUAUAUGCAAUAUAAUAGUCGUAAUGUCGUGAUGUUACGACGAAUGUUAUAUUAGUGUUGUCUAAUCUUUCUACGCAAACUCGCACCUUGUUGUAAGGCUUUCAUAAGGUCAUAAGGUGAUCGGUUCGUGGUAUUUUCAAAAAGAUUCUAUGGCACACAAGUGUGGGAAUCGUACACACGUCCUCCAAAAGAGGAUUUCAAUUCAAUCUGUUGGCUAGCCAGUCGCGCCACAGAGGUCUUACUUUUACACUGGCAGAUUCUUCUAUAUAUGGAUCGAUACCCCAGAUUCCACUUUGCUAAGACACGACAAAUAGUGCAAUUAAAAACACGUAAUAAAAAUUUUAUUUUACCAAAACAAACUUUAAGGAAUUAAUUUUUUUUGAGGCAGGAUUUUGGACCUUUAGCUACGUUCCUGAUUAAAGUGUCAACAAUAGAGUGUCAAAAAUUAAAUAAACUGUAUUAAGAUCAGGAUCAUUAUUUUGGAAUUUUUAAUAAUAAUUCAAAUUAAACGAAUGCUUUUAAUUUGACUCAGCACAAUCGCUCCACUGCUUCCCUAAAUUCACAACCCUGACCAUUAAUUCAUAGCUCAUUAUUUUCUU